GCCAUGGCCUUGACCGCCAAGCAACAGCUUUUCCUAGCUCUAGCGCUUGCUUUCCCUUUUUUCCAAGUAGCAAUAUGUGGAGAUCCAGAUAUCACCUCUGAUUUUUUGGUUCCAGCUGGAACUAAUGCUACUCAGUUGGAUGGACAGUUUUUCACCUAUACCGGCAUGAGGCCACUCAUUACCUCUGAUCCACCAACAACUUUCACAGCAACAAAAGCAACCAUGGCUGAAUUCCCUGCCCUUAAUGGACAAAGUGUUUCUUAUGCUGUGUUGCAGUACCCUGCGGGUUCAGUCAACCCUCCGCACACCCAUCCCCGAGCCGCGGAGCUUUUGUUUCUCACGUACGGGACCCUUGAAGUCGGGUUCGUUGACACUACUAACAAGCUCUUUACACAAAGACUUCAAGCUGGAGACAUGUUUGUGUUUCCCAAGGGAUUAGUCCACUAUCAGUUCAACUAUAAUGAGAAAGACUUUGCGAUUGCGAUUUCCGCCUUUGGUAGUGCAGCUGCUGGCACUGUCUCGGUCCCUUCUGCCGUGUUCACAACAGGCAUUGAUGAUGAGAUCUUGGCAAAGUCUUUCAAAACCGAUGAUGCCACGAUUCAAAAGCUCAAGGCAGGGCUUGCACCUAAUGCCUGA